GCUGGCUCUACGUAUGGGAAACUUUCAUGUGUCGUCAGCUCCACGCGAUCAAUUUCGUUCUAUUGUUUUAAAUAGCCGGUAAGCAGAUGUAAUCAACCAGCUGUUAACAAAUACAUAUUUAAAUGAGAUUUAUUCUUUCCUUAGUGCACAAGUGUAGUGUAUUUAAUAGCUUCCUACCAACCACUCUAAUACAAGCCAGAUAUUCUCACGACCAUCAGUAUUGGGGCAGUAAUAAACUUCACAGAAAAAUCAAAAUCCCUAACCCAUUGAGAGAAAUCAUCAUGGCAGAUCCCAAGAUUGAAGAAAUUUUAGCGCCACUGCGUGCUAAUGUUAAAGAACAGGGUGAUUUAGUUAGAAAACUUAAAGAUGAGAAAGCUCCAGAAAUUGAUAUUAAAAAAGCUGUUGCUGAAUUAAAAGCUAGAAAGAAAGUUUUAGAAGAUAAGGAACUAAGUCUGGCUCCAGCUGAAGAACUAUUUGACCGUGCAAAAAUGGAAGACUUAAUCAAAAGGCGAUUUUUCUAUGAUCAAUCUUUUGCUAUUUACGGCGGUAUAACUGGUCAAUUUGAUUUUGGUCCAAUGGGAUGUGCACUUAAAAGUAACAUGAUUCAGCUGUGGAGGAAAUAUUUUAUUCUUCAAGAACAAAUGCUGGAAGUAGAUUGUUCAAUUUUAACACCCGAACCUGUUCUCAAAGCUUCUGGACAUGUUGAAAGAUUUGCUGACCUUAUGACUAAAGAUACUAAAACUGGUGAAUGCUUUAGAUUAGACCACUUAAUAAAAGCUCACCUAGAAAAGAUAAAAAGUGAAAAGAACACUAAAUCAGAGUUAAAAGCUGAAAUUGAGGACAUACUGGUAAGAUUGGAUGGCAUGACUGCUGAUGAUAUGUCCGGCUUAAUGAAGAGGUUUGAUAUGAAGUCUCCCAUCAACAACAAUGAACUCACACCACCAAUUGAAUUCAACCUCAUGUUUAACACACAGAUUGGACCUACAGGACUUGUAAAAGGUUUCCUGAGGCCUGAAACUGCUCAGGGAAUAUUCGUGAACUUUAAGCGUUUACUUGAAUUCAACCAAGGCAGAUUGCCUUUUGCAGCAGCACAAAUUGGAAAUUCAUUUAGAAAUGAAAUCUCUCCUCGAUCUGGUUUACUACGUGUCAGAGAGUUCACUAUGUGUGAAAUUGAACAUUUUUGUGAUUCUAAGGACCAUCCAAAGUUUGAAUCUGUUAAGAACACAAAGAUGUUGCUUUACUCUGCUAAUAACCAAGAACAAGGAAAAGCUGCUGAGGUUGUUACUAUAGGGGAAGCUGUUGCCAAUGGCACUGUGAACAAUGAGACAUUGGGCUAUUUUAUGGCCAGGAUACAUCUUUAUCUUUUGGCAGUUGGUAUUGAUCCUAACAAGCUUAGAUUCAGACAGCACAUGGGUAAUGAGAUGGCUCAUUAUGCUUGUGACUGCUGGGAUGCUGAAUGCUUAUCAAGUUAUGGUUGGAUUGAGUGUGUCGGCUGCGCAGACAGGUCAGCUUAUGACUUAACACAACAUACCAAAGCUACAGGUAUCAGACUUGCUGCAGAAAAAAAGCUUCCUGCACCAAAACAAAUUGAAGUUGUAGAAGCAGUUGCUAACAAGGCUGCAAUUGGUAAGGAAUUCAAAAAAGACGCUAAAGCUAUCAAUGAUACCUUGGCAGCUUUGGACACUGCUGCAUUGAAUCAGUUGCAAAACAGUUUGGAAAAUAAUGGCGAAUAUACUUUGUCUACUCCCAAUGGAGAAUUUAAAUUGACUGCAAAUCUGGUGAGUGUAAAAAAAACUCAGAAAACAGUACAUGUGGAGGAGAUAAUACCAAGUGUUAUUGAACCAUCAUUUGGAAUUGGCAGAAUUUUGUACUGUAUACUUGAACACAACUUCAAAAUGAGGGAAGGUGAUGAACAAAGAACUUAUUUUUCAUUGCCUCCAUCUGUGGCACCCAUGAAAUGUGCUGUUUUACCCCUUAGCGGUAAUGCUGAAUUCCAACCAUUUGUCCGUGAACUAUCACAGGAGCUGAUUGAAGUUGAUGUUUCACAUAAGGUUGAUGACUCCUCGGGCUCUAUUGGUCGUCGUUACGCCAGAACAGAUGAGCUUGGUGUACCUUAUGCGGUGACUGUUGACUUUGACACAAUAAAGGAACCACAUACCGUAACAUUAAGAGAGAGAGAUAGUAUGGGCCAGGUUCGAUUGUUGAUGUCGGAAGUGCCUUCAGUAGUAAGAGAUCUUUCCAAGAAUAAACUAUCUUGGGCUGAUGUAGAGAAAAAGUAUCCCAAGUUUGAACAGCAAGAAAAUGUAAAAGGUGCAGCUGCAUAAAGCCAGGAAGGAUUUGUUGCUAAAUAUAUGCAGUGACUUUUAUAAAAUAA